AUGCAGGGUCUCCGACAGAGGACAAUGACAGCCAACAUUAUGAGGCAUCGUCUGCGUGCUGCUACCAACACGGCGGUGAGCUCCCAGACCAUUCGGCGUCCUCUGCAUGCUGCCAACAUCCGUACCAGGUGUCCAAACAAGAAAUCUAAGCUGACCGCAGGACACCAGGAUUUCUUUUUGGAACUUCUAAAUGAACUCAAGCAGAUGAAUGUGCUGACAGAAACCCUGCAGCCUGAGUCUAACAACGAAUUUUUCGAAGUCACGCUUAAUGUGGCCGAAGGCAUAGAGGCCGCUGAUGGCACAGCACAGUUCAAAAGUCACGUGAAAACAUUCUCCAAGAGAAAAGGUUACGUUGCUUCCUUUAUGUCAAAGGCAGAUGAAAUAGCGCAUUACGGGACAGGAUUUCACUUCAAUCAUUCGCUUUGGACAUUUGAUGGGGCAAAUGUGCUAUUUGACAGCUCAAAGGAAGAUCAGCUGUCAGAUGUGGCACGGCACUGGAUCGCUGGACUUGUCAAACAUGGACCUGGUCUGACAGCUCUUUGUAUGCCCACGGUGAACUGUUACCGGCGUAUUGGAAAGGAACGUCUUCCAACAAGGAGCGAUUGGUCUGUGCUGGACAGGAAUGCGACUUUCGUUGUGCGGAAAACCCGCAAGAACAACAUCUACGUAGAGGACAGACUCCCCAGCUCAGCCGGAAAUCCUUAUCUGGUCAUGGCUGCCACAGUGGCCGCCGGUAUAGACGGGAUCAGGAACAAGAUACCCCUGCAAAAUAAGACAGAAGAUUUCUGUGUCCUUCCACCGGACCUUGAGACAGCCUUGACCUGCCUACAAGAGGACGCUGUGCUGGUGGGUGCCCUGGGCAAAGACCUGGUCGAACUCUUUGUGGCAACCAAAACAAUGGAGAUCCAUCACCUUAAGAGUAUGGGGCAGACCAGCGGCACAGACAGCUUUCAGAACGAGUAUCAUCUUUACUUUCAAAAUGCUUAAUGUACUUGAGAUAAGUAUUGCUCUCUAGAAG